CCACCUUAUGUUGUUACGUGGUGACCCUGCAUGAUAUUUUCCCACUUACAGAUACCAAGGGUAGACUAAGUGUUUGCUUUACCUUGUAGAUUUGCUCUAGAACUCUAGGAUUAUUAGCAUCAAGGGUGCUCUCAAGCCAGCCAAUGUAGCUAAUGACUAACCUGGGUCAUUGUGCUUCAGUUUAGUGGCCCAAUGUUAUAGGUGUGAAUCAGGGUACAAAGGGCACCUGCUUCAAUUUCUGAUCAUUUGUGCCCUGAACAAGGAAUUGGACUAGGAAUGGACACAGGGAUGCUGGUAGGAAAAGAUAGUUUAUUAAGAAAUUGUUUCCUAAGAGGGACGUGGACCAAGGCUGGAGAAAGGUGAGAAGGUUAGUGGUGCCUAUUCAGAGCAGAUUGUCAUAUUUGUCAGUGUAGCUUGGAGAUCAGUAUGACUAUUCCAUCAUCUCAGAGUCAAAACGGCCUAACUAUGUGCUGAUGUGACAGGAGAGAAUGCAAUGGAGGGAGAGGAAGGGGACACCUUCAUUUGUUGUUUGUUUGCAUGCUUUGUUACAAGACAGCCUGGUAGGGAGGGGCUUCCAGUCUUUUAGCUAAUUGGCUUCUUUCAUCGCCAAUUCUCACUUCCUCUGUCUUCUGUGCUCCCUCUCCCCCUCCCCCUUCCUCCUCCCCAUUCCCUCCCCACCACACACUCUCCUGUCACACCAGUGUGUAGUUAGGCCAUUUGCCUCUUUCUUGAUGGAAUAGUCAUACAGAUUCAAGUCAUGAUAUCUGUCCUAGUAGGGGUUUUGUUUUGUUUUGUUCUCCCUGGCUGCUUUUAUUUUAUUAUUUUUCUGAGGACCAAAAGUAAUAACUCCAAGUAUUCCUCAGGUAAUAAGAAACUCAGGAAGAGAGAUUAGGUUUUUUGUUUGUUGUAAGGGACACCUGUUAAAUGCAAGGGUUUAUUUUUAUGUUUUCUUAACUACAAGUUAAACUGGUUGUGUCACUUGCUCACUCGAUAGCUUUAUGCGGGUUUGAAGUACAACAGUCCCUCCUCCUGGACCUUGACCGACCAAACCUAACUGUUACCUAACUCACAUUUGCGCCUUCAGUGACUGAAGACCUGUAAGAAAAAAUGAUCUUUUGUUUUUUAAUAAAACCGGGUUGGCACACAUGGUUUGUUUAAACUUUCAAAAUGUCUGGAAAACUUUUCAUAAUUCUCCUUUUGUUGGUGACCCCGGGAGAAGCAAGGAAGUCAUUUCUCAGAUUUCUGAAUAUACAAAAUCCAGAAAUGCUGUCGUUUAUGAAGCCAGAAGAAACCGUCAUUGUAAGGUCCAGCUAUGAAGGUAAGCGGCCUCACUCCAGCUACCUGCUCGUGAAGUUGGAGGAUCCUACAGUGCUGCAGGUGGUGAAUGUGACCAAGACCUCCCUGGACUUCACAGACUUCACCAUCAACCUGAAGACGUUCCCAGGAGAGACAAACCUCACCAUGCAGCUCUGGGAGUCUGAAGGUAGGCAAACAAGACUCAUCGAAGAGAUAACCAAUAUCAGAGUGAGCGUGUUCAGACAGACAGAGGACAGUGUCUUCCAGGAACCAAUCCACGUCAACAGCUCCGUCUUCCUGCUUGUCUUAUUGAUGAUCCUUUUAAAUAAAUGCGCCUUUGGCUGCAAGAUUGAAUUACAGGUGCUCCAAACAGUGUGGAAGAGACCUUUGCCAAUACUUCUUGGGGCGGUUACACAGUUUUUUCUUAUGCCAUUCUGUGGCUUUCUCUUGUCUCAGAUUUUGGGCUUGUCAGAGGCACAAGCUUUUGGAUUUGUAAUGACCUGCACAUGCCCAGGAGGGGGUGGGGGCUAUCUCUUUGCUCUCCUUCUAGAAGGGGACGUCACUUUGGCCAUUUUGAUGGCUUGCACGUCAACGUCCCUGGCCCUCGUCAUGAUGCCUGUCAACUCGUACUUAUACAGUCGCCUACUCGGGUUAGCAGGUGUAUUUCACGUCCCUGUCUUAAAGAUUGUGUCUACUCUUCUUUUCAUACUUACGCCAGUAUCGAUCGGCGUAGUCAUUAAGCACAGAAUGCCUGAAAAAGCAGUCUGUCUAGAGAGAGUAGUGCGGCCUCUGAGUUUGACUUUAAUGUUGGUGGGAGUCUACUUGGCUUUCAGGAUGGGACUGGUGUUUCUGAGAAUGGCUAACCUAGAGGUGUUUCUUUUGGGGCUUCUGGUUCCUGUACUGGGCUUUUCAUUUGGGUAUUCCUUUGCUAAAGUCUACCUGCUGCCGCUUCCUGUUUGCAAAACAGUCGCAAUCGAAAGUGGGAUGUUGAAUAGUUUCUUAGCCCUGGCCAUUAUUCAGCUUUCUUUUCCACAGUCCAAGGCAUAUGAGGCCUCCGUGGCUCCUUUUACGGUAGCGAUGUGUUCCAGCUGUGAAAUGUUGCUGCUCCUUCUGGUCUACAAGGCUAAGAAGAGGCCACUCCUUAGCACAGAAAAUGAAAAGGCUCCUCUCGUUUAAAACCACAGCCCUCUUAAUUCUUGACCAGGCUGAAGUACCGUAGGAGAUUCAGACUACACAUAAAAUAGCGCGUGCACUAACGUCACCUUCAAGCUGGUUAAAAGACUGCAUGGGAGAGUUUUCCUCUUGUCAUGUAUGGGGUCUCCACAGCCAUCAGAGCCAACCUCCACACACACAGCAGCAAGGGUUUAUGCAUUGUGACACCAGCUUGCAGUGCUGCUUUAAUCGAUCAGAACCUCAGACACGUUUGUGCACUUGGCAGGAGAAUGAACUGUGCUGAAAAACCUGAGUUACCUGACUACAGGGCAGAAGCAGCAGCAGAGGCUGCCAUAAACCCUCUGGAGUCCUGCUCAUCUGAUGGAGGAAGCUAGCAACAGCUUUAAUGUGAAGACAUCUGAUAUCU